ACAUGGUCUUCCUCAGUUGGCUGUCAAGGGUUCAGCCGCACGUACCACUGUAGAGUGUUACUCUUCCGCUGUCUGACGCUCGUGAGAGAAACUUUAGCCGCGAUCACCGACCUCGACUUUACGAGUUUUUUUCACUCUCUAGAUUAAGCAACAAUGAAUGUUUCGCGUCUAUUUGUUUUAUUAGCGCUAGUGGUCGCCCUAGCUCAGGCUCAAAGGCGUCAAAAACCACGUACGCAAUCCCGACCAGGAGGGAGUAAAAGAAGUCGUCCCGAACGGCGGCCCUCCGUGACCCGCCAGACGGACGGACAGCUUUCCUCCCCUUCGUGCGGCGAUGAUGAAGACGUGAGUUUCGAGCUGAUCACGGGUUUUGUGUACUCCUCGGCCGAUGACAUCAUCGACUCCAAUAUUGGCACUCUGCUGCUGAGUGAGUGUAUCCAGUUCUGUCGUCGCAGCCCUCAGUGCCAGGCGCUCAACUUCGAGACCGGCCUAUGUGUGCUCUUCAAGACUGCCGCCGGGGAGAACUCAGAUUUACUGGCGGUGUCGCAGUUCCCGGUGUUCACGUUGUACGCGCAGAAAGUGUGUUUUCCCUCUCAGCGACCGGGCUGUGCCUCACCCUGGGCCUACGAGACUGUGCCUGGCCUCACCCUCAACGGUCUCUUCAUGGCGGACUCGCAGGUCGCAGCCACCAGGGGCGAAUGUGCUCUCCUGUGUAUCCAGGAGGACAGGUUCAUCUGUAGAGCCGCAUCAUUCAACUCCGCUGAUUCCACCUGCAUACUGUCACAGGUAGACCGCAACAUGGCUGGUCGUAAGCGUCUGCUGCAGAUCAGUGCCAAAGUCGAUUAUCUGGAGGUCGCUUGCGUCCCGAAGCCGCAGAAGAUGUGUGAAUUCCAGAGUUUGAGGGGCAGCAUCCUCAAGACGGUGGACGCCGUGUACCAGGACGUCAAUACCACCCAGGAGUGCAAAGAAAGAUGUAUGAAGGCCGACUUCGCCUGCUACUCAUACGACUUCAUGUCCGCCGGGGAGAGGAUCUGCCGCCUCUCUCACCACUCUUCGGCCACCCUCGCCCAUAUCCAGGAGCCCUACCUCGAAAUAGAGAACGCCACUACCUACGAGAUGCAAUCCUGCUAUCAGGUGACUGUCGAGUGUCGAGGGGCGGAGAUGUUGGCUCGUAUCUCUACAUCGACCUUGUUCGACGGCAAGGUGUACGCCAAGGAUCACCCCAACUCAUGUGUCAUCGACGUCAAGAACACCACCGACUUCCAGAUCACACUCCCGUACAAUGACCUCGACUGUGACGUUGCCCAGGAGGGCCCCGGUGUCUUCUCCUCCAACAUCGUCAUUCAACACCACGAUAUGAUCGUCACCGCAGCUGAUCUAGGUCUCGCCCUCCACUGCAAGUACGACCUCCAGAACCAGACGGUCACCAACUCCCUACUGUCGGGGUUGACUGUUAAGAGCGGCAUCGACACAGCCGAGUUCUAUGAGGAGACCAUCGUCGAAUCCCCCAACGUGGUGAUGAGGGUCACUGACCAACAGGGUGAGGACAUCAUCUCGGCCCAGGUGGGCGACAACUUGGCCCUGCGUUUCGAGAUCACUGAUGAAAGCAGCCCUUAUGAGAUCUUUGUGCGAGAGUUGGUGGCCAUGGACGGUCAGGACAACUCCGAGAUUCUCCUUAUUGACGAAAUAGGUUGUCCCACGGACACUACCAUCGUGCAGGCUGUUGAACAGGUGGUGGGCGGGAAGGUUCUACACGCGCUCUUCCAGGCUUUCAAAUUCCCCGCGUCAGGGGUAGUGCAGUUCCGGGCUUUGGUGACUCCCUGCCUGCCUGUCUGUGAGCCCGUACAAUGCAGCGUGCAAGGCUUCGACGGCGUCGCGCGGAUUAAGGACUCCUUCGGCAAGCGUAAGAAGCGAGAGGUGCACGAGACAGGAAUCAUGGUGGCACAGUCCGUCCAUAUCACUGACAAGUUUGAGUUCUCGGCCAGCCAGACGGAGGAGGUCGAGGUAGAGGUGGCCCAGGGCAGCUGUUCCUCCUUCACUGGGGUGGUGGUGGCAUGUGCCCUUUUCCUAGCCGCCCAGCUGGUGCUGCUGAUGGCCUGGAGUUAUCUCUGGCACAAGAAGAGAGCCACCAAGCAGAUCGACCCUAACCCACCUUCCUCUCUCUACUUCGGCACCUCCUCCCGCACCUCUUCCACCUCCUACCUCACCGACUAGCUACCUGAUUCCCCGACCCAUGCUGGAGAAGUCUUCCUCAACACAAGCCAUAAUAAUGUAUAAGUCAAAUUCCUGAUUGACAAAAUCAACAGCUUUGCAAAAAAUAACUUGUCCUUACCUUUGAGUGAUUUGUUACUAUCGAUGAAUCUUCCGUGUGAAAAGUUAUAGAUAUAAUCUUUUUCAGGUGAGUUGGUGCUGUUUAGAAUAUUGGUCUAUUUCUUGUUCAGGAUGGCUGACGUCCUCCUUGUGUCUGGUGUUGUGGUCAUAUUUCUUCCAAAUCUCUACGAUGGGCAUAUAUAUUUUUUCUUGUGAUGGCAAUAUAUAUAUAUAUAUA